AGAACUCGAACAAACACGCGAUAUUGAUGUGUUUACUUCCUGUUUUUCCUGGAAGGAGAGAACGUACGUAUACAAUGUAUCUGUUAAUUGGUGUGGCCAUGUCGAUACUGACAUGCACGUGUGUUGCUAACGAUAUAGUGAAAAACCCUUCCAUAAAGACGCUUGUUUUGGAAUCGAACGUAUAUUCCCGAUUCGCUAAUGUGUACAUCACAAGCAGAGUUGAAAAUAAUGCAAAUGAAAGUAGAACAGCAAUGUUUUCAAUCCAAGUACCCACGGAAGCUUUCAUUACAAGUUUUUCGAUGCAAAGUGAAGGCCGUAUUCUCCAUGGCGUGGUGAAAGAGAAGAAAGAAGCCGACGAGGCUUACGAGGCGGCCCGUGAUGACGGACAGACAGCUGGGCGAGUGUCGGAAGCUGCCCCACCUCCUGGACGUGCGAUGAAGAACUUCGUCGUUUAUAUGAACGUGGCAGCAAACUCUGAAGCUAUGUUCAAGCUCUCGUAUCAAGAACUCAUCAAAAAAGCUUUGGGGGAGUAUACACAAAACAUACACAUAGAACCCAAUCAAGUUGUUGAAAAUCUCACUGUUGUUGCCUCGCUUCAAGAACCCCAGGGUAUUGAAAUGUUUUCGUACACUCUUCCAGGUUCCAAAGUGUACUCGUCAAGCUCUACUGCCUCACUAAAUACUGUAGUACACGCAUCCGAAACCAAGAGAGAGCUUGUUUACAUCCCUUCGAUGGAGGCACAGUUAACUUCCUCUGGUGAACAUGUUGGGUUGAAAGGAGAUAUUACUUUAAGGUAUACUUUGACACCCCCAGUAACGAACGGAGGGACACUAAUUGUCAACAAUGGCUCGUUUGUUCAUUAUUUUUCGCCAGUUGGCUUACCGGAUAUGAGCAAAACAGUGAUAUUUGUCAUUGAUGUAAGUGGUUCCAUGAAUGGGGACAAAAUUAGUCAAGUAAAGGUGGCUAUGUACUCGAUAUUGAUGCGACUUGGAGAAAAAGACUCUUUCAACAUCAUCAUAUUCAAUGGUUAUGUGAACCGGUGGAAACAAUCGGGCCCAGUUUUGGUGACUAAUGAGCACAUAUCUUCUGCCAAGUCGUAUGUUAGUAGAUUGGAAGCAGGAGGCAGUACCAACAUCAACGACGCUCUAUUGUCUGGAGUUGGCGAUCUCAACGACGCAUCGAGAAGUACAGGGAAUCUAGUUGUCUUCCUCACGGAUGGCGUUCAAACUGCUGGCGAACAGAACAAAGACGCUAUAUUGAGAAACGUCCAAAGGUUAAAUAAUGACGGUUUAGUUUCAAUUUUAUGCCUGGGAUUUGGGAGAGGAGUGAAUUUUGAAUUUCUGAGAAAAAUCUCACUUCAAAAUAAUGGAUUUGCUUAUAAAAUUUACGAGGAAGAAGAUGCGAGUGAACAACUGGAUGAUUUUUACAGAGGAAUACAAUCCGUGAUACUGAGGUAUGUAGAGUUCCAAUAUCCUAAUGAACUUGUAAUAGCAGAAGACCUUACACAGACUACGUUUGCUAAUUUCUUCAACGGGUCCGAAAUAGUUGUAGCGGGAAACAUUCAACCGGAAGCUGACAUCACAUCAACUCCUUUGACUGCGUCGAUCGUUGCUGUUGGUGUGGACCAAGACAUGACCUUUCAUUCUACCGCCGAACCCGAGACGGGAGAGACUCUACAAUUCGGACGAAGACUUUGGGCGUAUCAGAAAAUAAAAGACUAUCUAGAUCUUGCCCUGAAGUCAGAGGAGGAAGAGGACAGAGAAAGAUACGAACAAAAAGCACUGACACUGUCUCUAAGGUACAGCUUUGUGACGCGUCUGACGUCAAUGGUUGUCACGGAGACGGUCAAUGCAGGAUAUAGUCAGACCAGCAAUGAUAUUUUAAGUAGAGGGGCAAUGUUUGCAGACACAAUUACUAACACAGGCACGCGCUCAUCAAUGGCAGUACUGUGUGCCGUUAUCACAGUUCUUUUACAUUUCGUUCGAUCUCAUUUUCUUUGAUUUUAUUUUCUGACCACAAUAUAUAUGAACGUGAUGACACAUAACCUAUUGAAUUUCGCAAAAGUUCCCUGACUUGCAUAGUUCUUCGGUGGUAUGUUUCCAGUGGAAGACAUUGCGUACUGACGUCCAAGAAUGAAAUUAUUGAUGAAUCCUUUUACUCAAUUCCAGCAAUUUUCUCAAACAUUUUCUAGACCAACAGAACGGUCCCGUGACUACGUGAAAUUUAUGUUACAUAUGAAACGGUUCAGAGCAUAUUUGAUCAUAAGUUCCCAAAAAGGAAAACGGUUAUUAAGAUAAUAUGUUGGCAUGUACACAACAAAAGCCUAGUUGAAUUUGUUUGUUCUAUCUCAAGUCCAUGUCACCCCAGGUUUUCGACUGUAGUAUUAAAAUGUAUAUGGUAUAAUAACUUCCCACCGACAAUAUAAUGUUUUGGAACGUAACUCGAAUAUGGGGUUUCUGUGUGGUUGUCUAUUUAUAUGUAACAUGUUAAAUACAGACUUUUUGACGAUUAUUAUUUUUAUCAAGUGAUAUUAAUCUUUUGUCUUUCAUUGUUUAUCAUACUUUUUAAAUCAUGUUUUAUAGUCUGUAAUGUAUGAAAUGUAUAUAGAAGUCUAGAAUUCUUAACCCUUUUGACAUAUCCGAUAUUUUGUAUUUAGUUUUUGCUUUUUCUUUCUUGUUUGUUUGUUUUUGGUAACGGUUCUUCAUAAAUAUGCGCAGAUGAUUGUUUUAACUUUAGUUUUAGUUAUAUUGUUUUUUCUUCAUGUAGAAAUAUAUUAAGACAUAUAUCAAAAGUAUCAAAAAUACUAUCGUGUAUACACUAAUUAGAACGACUAUACUGUAAUUUUCAAGAAUUUUUUAAUGGAAAGACUGUAUCGCUAAAUGUUAUAAAACAAGACGAAAUCGCCGAUUAACGCGUAUAAGUUCAUUACAGUUAUAGUUGCCUGAAACGGACGUACGUGUAGAUGCAAUCAUGCUACCAAGAAAAUUUACAUUUCUUUAUCAAAACAUUCCUUGUAAAGAUAAAUAUACCAUGAAAGGUAAUAAGUGAAAUGGAGGCAUGUGAUAUGGUUUUCCCUGUAUGAUUAACCAAGGUCUCUUUUUACACGGAAAAGUUGUCUAAUAUUUGUUUGGUCAUUGUGUUUUGUUUAAGUAGUGAUAGGACCAGUGACUUGAAUUGUCUAAUAUUUGUUUGGUCAUUGUGUUUUGUAGUAGCGAUUUGACCAGUGACUUGAAUUGUCUAAUAUUUGUUUGGUCAUUGUGUUUUGUUUAGUUGCGAUAUGACUAGUGACUUGAAUUGUCUAAUAUUUGUUUGGUCAUUGUGUUUUGUAGUAGCGAUAUGACCACUGACUUGAUUUGUCUAAUAUUUGUUUGGUCAUUGUGUUUUGUUUAAGUAGUGAUAUGACCAGUGACUUGAAUUGUCUAAUAUUUGUUUGGUCAUUGUGUUUUGUAGUAGCGAUAUGACCACUGACUUGAUUUGUCUAAUAUUUGUUUGGUCAUUGUGUUUUGUAGUAGCGAUAUGACCAGUGACGUGAAUUGUCUAAUAUUUGUUUUGUCAUUGUGUUUUUGUAGUAGCGAUAUGACCACUGACUUGAGUUGUCUAAUAUUUGUUUGGUCAUUGUGUUUUGUAGUAGCGAUAUGACCAGUGACGUGAAUUGUCUAAUAUUUGUUUGAUCAUUGUGUUUUGUUUAGUAGUGAUAUGACCACUGACUUGAAUUGUCUUAUAUUUGUUUGGUCAUUGUGUUUUGUAGUAGUGAAAUGACCACUGACUUGAAUUGUCUAAUAUUUGUUUGGUCAUUGUGUUUUGUAGUAGCGAUAUGACCACUGACUUGAAUUGUCUAAUAUUUGUUUGGUCAUUGUGUUUUGUUUAGUAGUGAUAUGACCAGUGACUUGAAUUGUCUAAUAUUUGUUUGUUCAUUGUGUUUUAUUGUUGAGUAGAGAUACGACAAGUUAUUUGGAUAACUGAUUUUUUUUUUUUUUUUUGGAUUUUUUUUUUACUAUAUUGCGUUGAAGGGUAGAUUGGUGUAUCGUUUAAUAUUUGAAAAAAAAAACCCACAUCUAACGCAUUGUAUCUGUUAUGAUUACCCGUCCAAGGAAUUUAUCAUAACGUUCUUGGCACCUUAUAUAUGUAUUAAAUUAUGAUAGGAAUGGUCUGCUGCGUUCUUAGAAUAUGACAUCAGUAUAGAUAUAUACCUUUCAUUUAUAUUUUGUCGUUGAAUUAACAUAUGAUAUAUCCACAAACAGAUGAUUGUUUUAAAUACAAUGACCUACAAUCUUCCUAUUUAAUGUGAAUUUAUUGUUCAGAUAAGAAAUCCGAUAAUAUUUUUUUGUGAUUUUUUUUAUGCCUGUGAUAUUUCACAAUAGUUGUCUAUCAUGUAGUACAUCAUAGAGUAUAUAAUUUACAAUACAUCAUCUAUACUUUUUUGUAUAUGUAAAUGAUGUGUUGUUUGUGAUCCCCUGUAAGUGCCAUAUUGUUAUUACUUUUGUAAUAUAAACUAUUGAAAUCAAACAAAUUACUGAAAACCGUAUUCCAUGUUUUUCUUCAGUAAGGCUAGGCAUACACACGUGGCUACAUUUAAAAUAAAAUGAGGUUGUUAUUAAUGCUUUUCACCAACUGUUCUAUUUAAAUUUAUUAUUAUUUUCAUUCUUAUUAUCAUUACAAGCUAACCGGUAUUAAGUAUACAUAUAUUGAUGUAUUUAACAUGCUACCGUAUCUAUAUUCCUUGUUCUUUGAAGAAUAAAAAACAAUCUUAAUAAGCUAG